AUGCAGCUCAAGACCCUCCUUGUCUUUACUGGAAACCUGCUCCCAGUCUUUGGGGCAGCAACCAAAUCUUCCAAGGCCCCCGAACCUCAGCAACCGGGCAUUGUCGCCAACUGCAAGUCAUACUACCUUGUACAAAAGGGUGAAACCUGCUCCUCGGUCGCUACCAAGAACAAGAUCUCCCUAUCCGACUUUGAGAAGUGGAAUCCCAAGACUGGUACUGAUUGCAACGCCCUGCUGGCAAAUGCAUACGCUUGCGUUUCCGUCACCCCCUCAACUCCAGCGAAGAAAUACUCCCCUACCCAAGCUGGCAUCGCCAAGAACUGCGCCAAGUACGCUCUUGUUGGCAAGACCACGACAUGCAAGUCGAUCGAGACGCAGAACAAGCUUUCCUUUGCCGACUUUUACAAAUGGAACCCCGCUGUUGGCAAGCACUGUCAGGGUCUCAAGAAGGGAUACUAUGUUUGUGUUGGUGUUGAAAAGGCUGUGACUCCGACACCGACCACUCCUGAGAAUGUCACCGGCAACAAAGCGCCUUCGCCGGUUCAGAAAGGAAUUACCAAGUCGUGCAACGAAUACCACCGUGUUUCUAAGGGUGACACUUGUUCUGCUGUUGCGUUGGAAUUCAAGAUCGACUUGGAUGAGUUUUACAAGUGGAAUCCUGCCGUUGGGUCAAAGUGCGAAAACCUUUGGGCUAAUUACUAUUACUGUGUUAGCGUUGCUGGUCAGAAGGCGAAGACAACUCCCGCCCCUAAGUAG